CCAACUUCAAAAUAAAUUAAACAAAGCUGGAUGGUGUUCUGAUAAAUUCUGAUUAAAUUCAUCUUCAUACAAUGUUUAAGUUAACUUUAGCGUCUUUUGUGAAAACAGCUUUGUUACACAUCUUAUUUGUUAAAUUUGGAAGUUUUACGCCGCCGACAGAAAAUGCAACAAAUAAUAGCAUAGAAACUGACAAUUUCUUAGUGACAAUGAAUUAUGACAAAAUGUACGAGAUUCAAAUUGGCACCGGUGACGUCAGCAGAAUACCAUUGGCUAAUUUCUAAAAGGGUGCGUACAUAGAUAUAAAUCCAUUAACAAAAACCCUUUAUUGGAGCAGCUAUUAUGCAAAUGUUAUCAUGAAAGCGCAAGUGGAUGGUUCCAAAGAGGAAGUUUUUAAAACAUUGCCAAAUGGAUCAAUAUCAGAUGGUAUCGCUGUUGACUACAUAAAUCAGUUGCUCUUCUACACGUGCAAGUUAGACCAGGUCAUCGUAGUUGUCUCGCUGAAAAAUAAAGAUAUUUAUAAAACAAUCGUUAACGAGUCAUUAGACGAACCAAAGGACAUAAUCGCACACCCGGAAAGAGGAGUAAUAUACUGGACAGACUCGGGCAAUGAGCCAAAGAUAGAGACAUCAACCAUGGACGGUGGUAACAGAAGUACCAUUAUGUCGUUUGGACAGUAUUCACUGCCUAAUGCUCUUGCUUUAGAUGUGAAAAGUAUGAAUUUAUUUUGGGUGGACGCAAAACAUGGCGUUAUUGGACGGAUCAACAUUGAUACAGGGGUAAACGAAAACUUGUACUCGGACUACACGAGCUUUUUACAUGGCCUGACGCUUGUUGGAGAUAAACUUUACAUCACAGACUGGAGCCAUGUAAUAAGAUUAAGUGUAAAUGGCGGGGAACUGGAGCAAAUUGGACCUUCAACAUUUUUGGAAUUAACUGGAAUUACUGGUUAUAAGAAAACUGAUAUUAGAACAGUUUUCAGCAAAUGUUUACAAAGCACGUGUAGCCAUCUAUGUUUACCUGUUUCCGGAAAAGAUUACAAAUGCGAAUUUUCAAACGGUGAAAAAAACGCUUUGAAUCCUUGUCGGGACGCCAACGGUACGUCAUUAAUUGAUGCCAAAAAUACUGGUCAGGUAAAUUUAGUUGAUGUAUUGGAUGAACUAUCAAAUGAGACAUCAGGCACGGACGAGAAUAGUACACUUUUGAUCGGAGAUAUAAACGUUGCUGUUAAUACACUUGCAGAAAUAGUUGAUGUGGUAACAGUCAACACAACAAACCUUGAAAAUGUUACAGAC